GUACUCUGAUCUCACCCAAGGAUUGUAUGAAAGACUCCUGACGCACCGCGCCGGGUGAAGGAAGUGAAAAAUGGGAAGAAGUUCAGCAGGAAGUGGGGCAGAGCUAGCAAAAUCAGGAAACUAAGUGUCGCUAUUUAUACAACCGAGCAAAGGGCCAGAGGUGGUAAUCGCUAGUUCGGAGUCAGCUGACGAGGCGAGGAGCUUCGGUGGAGCCGAGGGGGGGCCUCAAACAUGAGAGCGUCUGGAGGAAUGCCGUCGCUUUUGGGAUGACUUUGUGAAGUUUUUUUUUUCUGCCCGUGGAACCAUGGACGGACACAACGCCAGCGCUGAGUCAGCCGCCUCUGAGUCUUCCUCCGCGUUCGAGCUGCUGAUUCUCUACACCGACGAGGCCCAGGAGUGGGCUGCGUACUUGCAGCAGAUCUUCAAAUCCUCCAAGCAUUUCCACAAAGGCUCGGUCUUGCUCUACGCCGUGAGCUCGGCCGACCAGCUCCACGGCUACGACUUCCAGGACUUCCAGCGCUGCAAGUGCAUCGUGGUGCUGCUCACCGGCUUCUUCCUGGACGUCCUCGAUGACCCGGAGCUACAGGGAGCGCUCCAGAGACUCCUGCAUCCUCCCCACAAAGUGGUGGCGCUGCUGUGCGGCGUGUGCGAGGACGACCUGUCCGCGGCGUGCUUCGACGACUGGCCCAGCUGGAGGAAACUCUACGCCGACGACGAGCCGGCCGACUACGUCUCCACCGUUCUGGCGUCAAUCGCAGACAGCAGGCGAGCCGAGGCCGAUCUUGAGACCGCACAUCCUGCAGCAGAGUCGCACACGGCUGCGGUGCCUCCUCCUCCGUCUAGAGAUGUCACGACGGAGAAAAGCGAAGCGGCGGCGUCCGAGAAGCAUAAUCAAACGGUCCUGGAGGACGAAGCGCGAUGGAGCGGGGAGACAUCCGCGAGGGAAGGAGCGAGCUCGCCGACGCAGCUCACGUGUCUGUCCGUUCAGCCAAACCGGGUUCAGUGUGGGGAUCAAGAGACCCUUUUCAUAAUUUUCAAAAGUAGAGUUGGUUACGGGUCAGAACUGGAGGUGGAGUUCUCCGCUGAACACGGAGCCUCGCGGAGGGUUCCUGCCUCGGUGGAGAACGAGUACACCCUCAGUGUGUCUGCGCCAGAAAUGCCUGCUGGGGUGAUUUCACUCACUUUGCACGCCGACGGCUCGGCUGUCAGCCUGAGCCCGGUCACAUAUUACACCAGCAUGGCAGAAGUUAGUCGGUAUCUCCAAAACGCUGCUGAUCCUGUGAGCUUCAUCUGCCAGGCCUUCGACCUGAGCUGCAACACAACAGAAUCGGUGGACACCCUGCUAACGGACUCGUUAAAAUCCAAGAUGCCUCCGUCCGGCCUGCAGCUGUUCGGAGUCAAACAGAUAGAAGAGGACAACAUGUCGGCGUAUCAGCGCAGCGAAGAUCUUCCCACUUUGCUCCACUUUGCUGCUAGGUACGGCCUGAAGAAGCUGAUGAGCACGCUGCUUCGGUGUCCCGGGGCCCUGCAGGCCUACAGCGUGAUGAACCGGCACGGGGACUACCCAAACACGCUGGCAGAGAAGAGCGGCUUCCCCGAACUCAGACAGUUCAUGGAUGAAUUUGUCGAGACGGCAGACAUGCUCCAGUCUCACCUAGAGGACAACCUGGACGACGUGGCAGAGAUUUACGAGCCCAUGUCCAACUCUUCUCAAAGCAUCAUGAUGAAGUACUCGGGCUGCUCGGAGGACAUCUACGAGUCGAUGCUCGACAUCGACCCGGAGUGUGCCGAGGACCUGUAUGAAGUGAUGACCGCGGUCGACGAGAAUCCCGAAGAAGCAAUGCUCAGGAAGUUCUUCCAAGCCAAACCUCCCGCCGCCGAGGACCAAGUCGACUCCCCGCAUCCCAACGCGGAGAACGCCGAGGAUGACGAACCCAAGCACUUUGACGAAAUCGAGGAGGAGGAGGAUCCGUACAACCUCUGCCCCGAGGACAUUUAUGACACCGUGGACACCAACAGCACCUACAACCCGGCGAUCCUGAACCGCCCCCCGGCCCCCAUCCCCCGGCCGGAGGCUGAGAUGGAGUCUGACAAACCUGUCACCUACAUCUCCAGAGUGUUUUCAGAUAGAGUAACACCCCAGCAUAACGCAGCGAACGGCGGACAUCCUGCAGCUCGACCAGUGACUGAGGCCCCCACGCCUACUUAUGACCCCUACGGUGGAAUGAAGACCCCCGGGCAGAGGCAGCUCAUAUCCCUGCAGGAGAGGGUCAAAGUGGGGGAGAUAACGGUGGACGAGGCCGUCCAGGAGUUCAAAGCCUGGCAGUUUGACCACGAGCGGAGGGCCAACUCUCUGCGCUAUCAGCAGGAUAAUCUGAAGAAAUUACGAGAAAGCAUCACCAGACGUCACAGAGAGAGGGAAAAGACGGGAAGAGAAAUUGAAUAUGAGAUAACGGCGCCGCUGCAGAGGAACCUCUACUGGGGGUCUAACAUGACGGUGGAGUGCGACGUGUACGAGCCCACGCCCAGAAUGAUGGCCCCGCCCCCUCCAGCAGCCCAGCCACUCAAAAGAGGGAACUGGAAGACCGGCAGCACGUCCAGCACCUCCAGUACGGAGAGCAACAGACUCAGCACUCACAGCAAUUUCAGCCUGAGCAGCGGGACAGAACAGGAGUUUGAGGACGCAGUGGAGAAUCUGCCUGCUCCACCCCGACCCCCACGACCAUCCGACCCCGCACCCGGCGUCCCUCCACCCAGGCUCCCCCCACGGCUCCCAGAAAGGGUCCCGGAGACGGUGCACGAGCGCUACAUAUCCUGCCCGACUCGAGCUCUUCCUCAGAGGCCCCCUCCCAGGCAAGCCGUCAUGGCGCCGCCGGUUCCCCGCCGCCCGCGGUGAUGGCCGCUCACCUCCUGCCCCGCCGCACCGAACUCAGCAGUGCUGGACACGUUCCAGAGGGACAAAUGGACCGCUGUCCCUGUCCCCCCCCUUCAUCUGCCAUCUGGAUUUUAACAGCCGGACCAAACGCUCAGCAGUUUUUUGUGUUUUUUGGCCUUGAGGAUGAACUUUCUCUUGGCUGUGUUUGGAUCUGCACCAGAGGGAUGUGACGUGAAGCGUCUCCUGUUGUUAAUGUGCAAAACAGCAACUUUUACCUAACAGAAGUGAGCUUCAUGAUAGUGCCAGGUCUGGUGAAAUGACUACUGAAUGAUUACGAUAAAAAGAAAAAAUGUAGUGGAUCUUAUGCCAAAGAAAAACUUUGUUGUAUGUUUGUUUUUCGGACAAUUCCUUUUCUUUUGUUUGGAUUGUUUCUGUUAAUUAUGUCUGUUUUUGGUUAAUUGACAUUAUACUUCAUGUAAAUAAGGUUGUUGUUUUUUUUUUGCAUGAAACACAUUCGAAUGUGCCAUUUAGGAGGAUAUUAAAUAUCUAAAAUCCCAAAUGAGGUGGAUUUGGAAGGGUUUAAAAAACUCCCACAUAAAUCUAGUCUUACAUUUUAAGCAUAUACAGUAGGAGCUCAGGAAAAAAACAACAACCUUUGUUUCUGUAAAGCAAUUUAAAAAAAAGUGAAACCUGCGUCUCCAUAUUUAUCGCACACAGAGUGAAAUGUUUCAGAUUUUGGUUCACUUUGAUGCAGAAACGCUGAAUUACGUCCGUCUUCUGGCCGACACAGAAUGUAUCGGGACUUAUUGGGUGCUUCACUGCAGACAUGAGGAACUCAAGAGGUUUCUAAACUUCUCUCCAGCUCCCUUUCUGUACCUUUAAGAGACACUUUUUUAUUGAUUUUAUUGCAUAUAUGCAUAAAAAAGUUCAUUAAAACUCCAACAUGGGGACCAGGCAGAAGGAUUCAUCAGUCAUUUUCUCCCGUUCUGUUCUAUGAACACCGUGCAGCAGUUUAGUUGUUGAGUUUUUUUUUUCUUCAGACUCUAAUCUUCAGCACGUUCUCCCCUGGGUUGGAACCACAGACCAGUAGAACCACCUUCAACAGACGUCAGUGUAUCAGCGAAGGUUUGAUAAGUUGCUGUAAAAUAUCGAUGUAUAUGUUGCAUUAACGGUUGCUUACUUUAUCCGAACAGUUCACGUUUGCACAUUUAAGUUCAAAUGUUGUAACUUUGCUUUGAAGUGCUUGAUAAAGGUUUCCCAAAGUAA